AGGGGCUGUGGGAUUGGACUUCUCUGGCUCUGCCCCUGCUUUUUCAUGAUAAGGAAGGCAGGGCAGGGCUGCUACUCUGCAAACAGCUGAACUCUUUGGAGGAGAGCGGGGACUGCCAGAGCACAAUACAGGACGGAGCCUCUGUGGGAGAGUGAGUGGCAGCCAAGGAGACCACAGGGAUACUCUUCCCCCAAAUCCCCAAUUCCGCACAGAGAGAGGAGACAAAGAAGGUGCAGGGAGCAACAAAAGCAUUCUUCGCUUUCAGUCCACCAGCCAAAAAAAAGUAACAAUAAGCUGAGCAAGAUCAUUUUCUCUGAGAUCCAAACUCCAGGAGGAAGGCGUGACAGUGUGUCGGCACAUUAGCAUCAGUAAUCAGUGCAACAUCUCCAGAAGCAACGUUCAGGGACUGACUGUGGAGCUGUGCUGCAUGAAGGAGAAGCCCAUCUGGAAGAAGAAGCCCACAGAAACAGGAUGAGAGGGACUCUGAGGAUCACGUGGCCGCUGCUUUCACUCAGCAUCAUCAGCGGAGUUCUGAGUAACACCACGAUGCAGCAGGAUUCUACUGCAACAACGGUAACGAAUACAGUUACAGUUUCCCACAUCUUAUCCACUGUCCAAGCCUCAACCGCACAGUCUAUUGAAACGCCGGAAUCCAAGGCAACGACUAAGAUACCGCUGGUCGAUCCAGCAACUGUUCAUAAAGAAGGAUCUACAGAACAAUCAGCUACAACCACCACACCUUCUACCACUGUAGCAAUUGUCCCUACACCGCAGUCAACCCCCAGUGUGGCAGUCUUAACUGCAUCUACAAGCCCUUCUGUUGGGCUUAAUAAUCCCGUUACCACUGUGAGCUCCACCACCCCAGAGGUUAAAACCACAGCUAAGGUGGUGAACCAGCCAACAGUGCCUCAAAGCACUGCUACCACAGUGCCUGAUUCAAUAGUGCAGACCACGACGGUGAAAACCAGCGGAGCCUCUGGAGUAUCGACUGAAAAGCCAGGACAACUUGGUAUCAAGGAAACCCUCACAACAUCUGUGGCAGGGUUAUCAGCAGGCAGAGAUACCCAAACAACACCAUUAACAAGGAUGGACGACAGAAACAUAGCUGGAGACCCGUAG